GGUUGAAAAAUAAAUCCCAAAGGCAAAUUGAAAAAAAUUGCAAGAGAAGAAAAUGGUAUCACUACCCCAUGUUUGUAUGCACCCUCACCCUCUUCUCUUGUACAGGAGAACUGCCUCGGCGGCGGCAAUCAGAAUGCUAUCUUCUUCUUCUUCUUCUUCUUCCUCCUCCCCACCAAACCCUAACCCUUCUACCCUCAUUUUCAAUUCCUCCAUGACUAAACUCUCUUCAGAAAUACCUUCAAUUUUUCCAUUUUCCGCAGAUUCUUCUCAACCCGGUUUUGGUUCUCAUACUCUCCGGCUCUCGAAAAGCGUCGCCGCCACCAGCAACCAGGCUCCGAUUGGUGUUGGUGAAGCUACCGGUGAAACUGAGUGUCCGUUGGUGGUGGUUUCCUUUUACAAAUUCGCCGAUUUUCCGGACCAUGCUGGAUUACGGAAGCCAUUGAAAGAACUAUGCGAGCGGCUGCGUGUUUCAGGGGGCAUUAUCCUGGCACCAGAAGGAAUCAACGGAAGCGUAUGUGGGACCCGUGAUUGCGUCGAAGAAGUGCUCACAUUCAUCCAAGCUGACGAACGGUUAAAGGGGCUUAGGCGUAUUGAGUCACCUGUAAGUCCAGAAGAAGAAGCUAUUCACCAUGGACAUACGAGCGCUUCUCCUCUUGCUGCAGGUGAAGAUGCUCCCUUCCGAUGGGAUCAUGUGAGGGUCAAAUUGAAAAAAGAGAUAGUCACAUUGGGAAUGCCUUCUGUGUCACCGAUUGAAAGAGUUGGAGAUUACGUGGGCCCCAAGGAGUGGAACAAACUUAUCAGUGAUCCAGAUACUGUGGUGGUAGAUGUGCGGAAUGGUUAUGAAACUAGAAUAGGCAAGUUUAAAGGUGCAGUCGAUCCUUGUACAACAGCAUUCCGCGAGUUCCCAUCAUGGGUGGAUGAAACGUUCGAAUUAAACGAAUCUGAUGACCAGGUUAAUUCUGCUGGUUCAACACAAACCACAGCCAAACAAACUGAGGAAACAAAACCAAAGAUGCCCCGAGUAGCAAUGUACUGUACUGGUGGUAUUCGGUGUGAGAAAGCAUCGAGCUUUCUCCUCAGCAAAGGGUUCAAAGAGGUUUAUCAUCUAAAAGGGGGAAUCUUGAAAUACCUUGAAGAAGUACCGAAAAACGAGAGCCUUUGGGAGGGAGAGUGCUUUGUGUUUGACAAACGAGUAUCGGUAGAACAUGGGCUUGUGCAGGGGACCCACAAACUAUGCUACGGGUGCAAGCAACCCGUGAGCGAUGCUGACAUGGAAGCUCCAGAAUGGGAGCACGCAGUUUCUUGUCCGUAUUGCUAUUCAUCCAAGUCGGAAGAAGAGAGAGAGAGGGCUAGAGCUCGACAAAAACAGUUCGAGAGAUGGGGUAUUAUUGGCGGUCCCGACAAAGGCCGUAAACCAAUGAAAAUGCAGGAAAGUGAAGAGGGAAACGAUGAGCAGAUGUCAAAGCUCAAUAUAGCUUAGUCAGUUCUAACUAAGAGAUCUCAGAUUUUGAUCACAUUGUAGUGAACAUUUCCUCAAUUUUGACCGUUUUCUUUUAUGUGUUUGCAACUUUUCUUUGACUGGGGACCCUUUUAAUUUUAUUUUUUUCAAA